UAGCCUGAUAUCAAUAGCCUAUAAUACGCAUUAAUAGCCUAUGAUACGCAUGUAUAUGCAUGCACGUUGGUUAUGGUAUUGUGGGAGGCGAGCUGCAGAGCUCAUGUUGCAGCUUGCCCAACACGUAAGUCAAAUUAUGACUUGGGUGCAAUGAGAGGAGGAUAGAGCUGCGUUGUAUUGUUGCCCUGGUUGGUGAUGCCCCGCCUCUGGCUUAAACCUGGCACCCUGCUAAAACAAACGAAAGCCAGCAGCACCAAGCUCAGCCCAGCUCAACUCAGCUCCCACUCAAUGCAAUUAAGGCGGACUUCAGGCGACUCUCCUACCUACGUGUUCAUCUAGCAAGGAUCGACGCCGAGACAACAGGAACCAGAGAGAAAGAGGGGCUUUGGUCCAAAAAAACCAGGAGAGAUUGCCUAGCCUUCUAAUUUCUCCCCUCUCCAACAGCCCAAGAACAAUGUCGAUGAGCCCUAGGCAUACGACUCCUUUUUCUGUUUCCGAUAUCUUGAGUCCUCUUGAGGAGAGCUACAAGAAAGUAAGUAUGGAGAAUAACAACUUGGGGUCACCUCUCGCGUCGUACCGGCAGCCGCAGGUGUCUCAGGCGAUGAUGCAGCAGCACCACAUGGGCCAUAACGGGACGGUGUCCGCGGCAUACCAUAUGACUGCGACGGGGGUGUCCCAGCUGUCACACACCGCGAUGGGGGGCUACUGUAACGGCAACCUGGGGAACAUGAGCGACCUGACGCCCUACCAGGAUGGCAUGAGAGGCAGCGCCACGGCCACUGGCUGGUACGGAGCCAACACAGACCCGCGAUUCUCCACGAUCUCGCGCUUCAUGGGCUCUUCUUCGGGCAUGAACAUGGGCGGUAUGGGCAGCCUCGGCUCGCUAGUAGACGUGGGAAAAGGCAUGGGCCCGCUCUCCAGCACCCCGAGAAGGAAGAGGCGCGUGCUGUUCUCUCAGGCUCAGGUCUACGAGCUCGAGCGGCGAUUCAAACAACAGAAGUACCUAUCGGCGCCUGAGAGAGAACACCUGGCGAGCAUGAUCCACCUCACCCCGACCCAGGUCAAAAUCUGGUUUCAGAACCACCGAUAUAAAAUGAAGAGGCAAGCGAAGGACAAAGUGUCGCAGCAGCAGAUGCAACAGGAGAGUAGUUCCUGUCAGCAGCAGUCCCCUCGGCGGGUGGCUGUGCCUGUGUUAGUGAAAGACGGCAAGCCAUGCCAAGGCAGUGCCCACACUCCCACCACUACUGUCCAGGCCCACCACCAACAAGGGGCCAAUGUUAUGAUCAUGUCCAGUAACGGUUCAGGCCUAGGUCAGCACCAGAGCCAACAGGUGGGUAGUGCAGGUCACUCUCCAGACCUAGCACAACACUCCGCCAGCCCGCCGUCUCUCCAGACCCAGGUAGCCGGCCUCUCUCACCUGAACUCCUCCAGUGCCGAGUACGGCACGGCCCUGCAGUGCUCUGCUCUGUUAUACGGCAGGACAUGGUGAUCUGUUAUAUGGCAGGACAUGGUGACAGCCAGACAAACUAUGAUCACAUACAACACUGCUGUCGAAGCUUUUUCAGCAAAGUCACUCAACAGACAAGCAAACAAACAAACAAACAAACAAACUGUACUUUGUGUACAUUUUGAACAACACCAUUUGGUGAAUUGUAGUUCAUGCUCUUCUUCUAAAAUGUAAUUGGAUAUGAGGACAGUAAGAGGAGAAGAAAGAAACUCGACAGAUUAAGUUAUGAGGAUAUGCGAGUUCAAUCUUCGCUUUGAAGGUGGAUUUCUUAUUUCUGUAAAUUAUACUGAAGCUAUACAAGGCUAGUCCUACAUCAAGAGGUCAUAGGCCUACUCCUGUUUGUAGGUCAUUGGGAUAAAGAUCUCAAUAGAAAAACUGUGGGUGCUUUUCGAUUUUUUUCACAGAAGGCUCUGGUUUAUGAUAGAAUUUAAUGUAAAACGUAGCUUGUAUAUUUCUGUAAAAGGUUUGAAUUGAAUAUAUAGUUUUUAGCAAUCUGUUGUACAAAGUUUUUAGCGCUAUUAAUGGCUUGUGGUUGGUUCUUUGAGUUCCAUCGGUAUUUGUACGUUUUAUUUACUUGUAACUUAUAUAGAUAGAUAUUACUUAAAUACAGCAAAACAAUCCUAUUAAUAAAUUAUGGAAAUAAAAUUCAUUCAGAUCCAUUUAUUGAAAUUGUUUUGUAUACUGUUUCAGAGAAUACAUAGGCCUACGAGAAAGGCCUACGAGAAAACGAAUAGGCCUGUAGGCCUUUACCUGUAAAAAAUUCAUAUUAUAAUAAUAAUAAUUAUUAUUAUUGUAGUAGUAAUAAUAAUGAAGAUGAUGAUUAUAAUUAUAAUAAUGCAUGAUAUUGUCUUUAGUCCACUUUAGCUUGUCAAUUCAGUAGGUCUGAAUUUAGACCGAAAUUAUUUUUUGCUGUCUUAUUAUGUUAACUGCACACAAUCAUGGAUUUUAAGCAAUGCAUGACUAAUGAAAACCUGUUUUUGACCAGGUGUGAUCGAAAUCGUUGUUACUAAGUGUUGCUAUGUAGGUAGCCUAAAUUGCUAUUGGCCUAGUGCUAACUUUUGCCUGAAAGAGCUUAACCCCAAUUCCAGGCUCUUUGGUCACGUUUAGUAUAGCUACAAUCAACGGUUGUUAGUAGAUGUGGUUCGUGGUACUCGGUGGCCGUUCCUACAAAACGCGGCGCCUCACAAAUCGUGUAUUGUGUACACGCUAUCUCACUUGGAUCAUGCAGGGUAAACUCAGGCCAGGUCUUUGUGUGCACUCGGCGUCCUUUAGGUUCCUAGCGUUCUUACGUUCUCUGCCUGUUUCUGGUUUGGGUGAGUCAUUUAGGUGAGCUCUCGAAGCGUUCUUUUUAACACUGGAGAUCAAACACGCGCUGACUAAAAGAACGUCUUACCGACCAAAUCCCUUGCCAAACAACAGUAUUCAUCUCAAAUAACUUCGCAAGACAAAUCAUCUUCUCUUAUCAGAGGUAAGCAUUACAUUGUAAAGUCUACACCUGUUGUAUUCGGCGCAUGUGACAAAUAACAUUUUAUUUGAUUUAAGCCUACGUUUAUCAAUAAUCGAUAAAUCAACUGGGAUUGAAAGGAAAAUAGCGUAGGCUACCCACCAGCAUCCCCUGUUUACGUAUUGAUAAGUUCAUUUUAACUAUCUUUGCACAAAAACUUUGGAUAGGCCCUAACAUUUUUACUCCAUUGUUCUGAAUCCAUAGUUUAUAGGCUACGUCUUGGUCACCAUUUCUUUUACAGCCUAUUUAAGUACAAAUAUUAUUUUAUUGCAAACUUGAACGUAGACAUGUUGUAGAAGAGUGACACGAAUCUAAAUUCUAUGACAUAGCCUGCAGUCUUUAAUUUUAGAAGUUUAAUGUAAUUUACUUAUAUCACGUGGAAUGGCGUCUUCAAUGUAGGCCUAUCAAAUAAGAUAUUAUUUUGACUGAGGAUGUUAAGCAGUUGGCCCUGGCUCGUCAAGGUAUCAUUUGCAUGCGGUGGAGAAGAGAUUUUGUGGUUUUUAAUUGAUUCUAGAAUGUUUUAACAUAUAAAUGGUACAUUUCAAAUGAAUUGUGUGAGACGGACCCAUAGGUCCAUUGUGUGGGACGGACCCAUAGGCCCAUUGUGUGAGACGGACCCAUAGGCCCAUUGUGUGGGACGGACCCAUAGGUCCAUUGUGUGGGACGGACCCAUAGGCCCAUUGUGUGGGACGGACCCAUAGGCCCAUUGUGUGGGACGGACCCAUAGGCCCAUUGUGUGAGACGGACCCAUAGGCCCAUUGUGUGAGACGGACCCAUAGGCCCAUUGUGUGAGACGGACCCAUAGGUCCAUUGUGUGAGACGGACCCAUAGGCCCAUUGUGUGGGACGGACCCAUAGGUCCAUUGUGUGGGACGAGCUCUGUGUUCUUGUAAUUUAGUUGUAAUGUAAAGGACUUGCAACUAUUUUGAUAUUAUACACUGAGUAUACAAAACAUUAAGAACACCUGCUCUUUCCAUGACAUAGACUGACCAGGUGAAUGUUAUGAUCCCGUAUUGAUGUCACUUGUUAAAUCCACUUCAAUCAGUGUAGAUGAAGGGGAGGAGACAGGUUAAAGAACGAUAUUUAAGCCUUGACACAAUUGAGACAUGGAUUAUGUAUGUGUGCCAUUCAGAGGAUAUAUGGGCAAGACAAAA